AUGCUUGGAUUUUUAUUCAACCAGGCAUCAUUAUUAUCAAUUAAAGUCGCAGCAGGACUUAAAAAUACUAGAAAUUCGUUAUUGUUACGACAGUUAAAUAAUUAUAAUAGUCAAAGGUUUUUCUCUUUAAAGAGUAAUAAAUCAUUGGUUGAACAACGAGAAAGAAAAAAUAUCCACAGCUUAAAUAGUAAUAAUAAAAGAAACUCACCAAGUAAUCUGCAAAGGCGGAAAAUUUUUUUAUCAGCCACUGUGCCAAAGUUUGCUAGUGCUCUGGUUGACACUACCAGCAAAAAUAACACAGAUAUUGGGUUAACAAGUAGCAAUAAUAGUAGUGUAAUGUCCUCGACUAAUUUUGAACUCGUACGUUCGAUAAAAACUGACUAUGACAUCGACAUCACAAAGUAUAUAUCAAAGAAAACUGGAUUAAGUGUCUUGCAUGUUGAUUUUGAAGGUCCACUUGUUAAAGGAUAUUUCGUAUUGGCAACCGAAGCUACUGAUGACGAUGGAUGUCCGCACACUUUGGAACAGUUUCAGCGAAUAAUGUAUCCUCCCGGAAUUGGAUAUCGUAGUGAGACUGGCGGUUUGAUGGAGUGUAUUAGAAAACUGAAUGUCGAUAAAAUACGACAAUAUCAUCGUGACUACUAUCGACCUGAUAAUCUUUGUUUGAUAAUUACCGGUAAAGUUCCGCAUGAAAACCUGUUGCAGGUUCUUCAGCCGUUGGAUGAGAGGAUUGCAUCGAAAGGGGCGUUGCCUCCGGCCAAAAGGCCUUGGGUCGAGUCACCAGCCAUCCCGCCACUUGAAAAAUCAGUGGAACAGGUGAUAGAAUUCCCGGACGAAGACGAAAGUAUGGGUCAGAUUCUGAUUGGGUGGCAGGGCCCUAAAAUCAAUGAAUUUCUCGAUUUGAUGGCUUUGGAGAUGCUUCACAAAUACCUAUCAGACUCUGCAAUUUCUGUACUUCAAAAGGAAUUUGUAGAAAUUGCGGAACCUCUUUGCACAGAAAUCAGUUUCCACAUAACCAAUUAUAUCCGCGUACCAAUCUAUGUCGAAUUCUCGAAUGUGCCGACCGAAAGUUUGGAAAAACUAUCGUCCCAGAUUUUCCCAGUAUUGGAACGUGUGGCAAAAGAAGGAUUUGAUAUGAAACGGAUGAAGAAUGUUAUUUAUCGAGAUAGAUUGAAGACAUUGAAUUAUAUCGAAGCUAAUCCUGCGGUUGGAUUCGCCAUGACUUGUAUAGCUGGCAAACCAUCAGCGGAAUUCGCCAAAAAAUUAGCCGAUGAUGAAAAACAACGUAUCGAAAAACAACGUGAGGAAUUGGGUCCAGAGAGACUAAAAGAAUUGGAAUUGCUUUUUGAAGAAGCGAAGAAGAAAAAUGAGCUCCCUUUGCCCCCUGAGAUAAUUAAAAAUUUCCCUAUCCCACAUGUUGACAGUAUUCCAUUCAUUAAAGUUGUGCUUGGCCGAAAUAUUCCUGAUCCCCAAUUCCAAAAUCCUGUUCAAGAACAUCUAGACAAAGAUUCAAAAGUCGCAAUACCAUACUUUAUUCAAUAUGGAUAUAUCCAAUCCGCAUUCAUCAAGGUCUCAAUCUACAUCUCCACAGCGGCGCUCCCGCCCGAUCUUCGACCAUACCUUGAGAUAUACCUCGACUCAUUCUACUCGUUACCAUUAAUCCGACCGGACGGCACUCGAUUAACGUACGAGGAGGUUAUCAAGGAGCUGAAUGAGGAUACCGUAUCAUAUCUUUGUGGAUUGGGUGCUGGUGGCUCUUUUGAGGAUUUGCUGUGUUUUAGUAUUAAAGUGGAGGCAAACAAAUAUGCAAAAGCAAUUGAAUUUUUACGUGAUUUACUAUGGCAUACGGAAUUUGCGGUAGAUCGUAUCAAAAAUAUUACUACGAAGCUGAUUAAUGAUAUUCCAUCAAGGAAACGGGAUGGGUAUAGGAUGGCAGCAACAAUUCUCCGAACAAUCAUUUACGACCCAGUAAAUUCAAAUCAUAACGCACUCAAUGUAUUGCAUCAAGAAAAAUUUUUGCCUGAUGUUAUUAAACUGCUUGAUGAGAACCCCGAGAAAGUGGUGCAGGAUUUGAAAAAAUUUAGGGAGAUUCUUACCCGUCCUGAAAACUUUAGAAUCAAUGUUGUCGGUGACAUAUUUAAAAUUGAGAAUCCAAAAAGCGCGUGGGCCGAACAUUUCAAGAAUCUUCAAUUCACACGACCAAUAGAACCUGUACAUUUGGCACAAGAAGUAUUGACUGAGUCUGGCAAACAUCCAGGCAACAAGGGAUACGUUAUCAGUCUUCCCACGAUUGAAAGUACUUUCUCUGUACACGUAGCAAAAGGCAUCACUGAAUUCAAUUCACCGGAUUUGGCUCCUCUUAUUGUAUUAUGUGAGCUUUUAGAUGCAAUGGAAGGUAUCUUAUGGCGGUUAAUUCGAGGACAAGGAUUGGCUUAUGGUAAUUGGCUACAGGUUUCAGUGGAAACUGGAUUGAUUUACUUUGCCGUAUUCAAGUCCCCGGAUGCUUUCAAGGCCUUUGAUCAAGCAAGGCAAAGUAUUGAUGAUCUGGCUCAAAAGAAGAUCGAAUUCGAACAAAUUGAUCUCGAGGGCGCACAAAGUAGUGUUAUUUAUUCGAUAGCAUCGGAGGAGAAAUCGAAGGAACAAACGGCUUCUAAACUAUUUAUUACCACGGUGCUAAAGAACUUGCCUCCUAAUCAUAGUCAAGAGUUUAUUAAGAAAGUCCAGGCCGUAAAAAUCGAAGACCUAUACGUGAUGCUAAAUAAAUACCUCACAAAUCUAUUUCUGGCCGAGACUUCAAAUGUGGUGCUCGCAUGCACUCCUACAAAAGUAAAGGACGUGCAAGAAGGUUUCGCCAAACGUGGCUUCAAGUUGGAAGAAAAAAGUUUAGACUCGAUUAUAGUAAACACUGUGUAG